UUCAUUUUUCUGGCUAUGCUCACUUCAGUCUGGAGAUACAUAGAGAAACAACCAUUAGUUGAGAAAGAGAGAUGGCAAUGGUGUCUCAUUCUGCGGCAUUCCGGAAGCAGUCACAGGUGCCCCAAAUUUCCUGCAGAAAGAGAGAGAAAUAUCGAGGUCAGGACCAUCCCUAUAAGGUGAUCGAAAUUACGCCUCCGCCCAAGAACCUCGGCAUUCGCUGUUUUCCCCCUAACAUGCAAUGUGGGGAGAGCGUGACAAUUGAAGGCCAAACUUAUACCAUAUCAGCUGUAACUCAUCGUUACCAACUCCGGAAGGGGAAGUAUGAAGCCAGUGAGCAGAGACUUGAUGUUUUGUCCACAGGAAGAUACAUUUUGAAUUUGUAUUUGGAAAAUUUAUUAGAACAAUCUUGAUACUUUCUUUCAAAAUAAGUUCCACUCUUAUAACAGUACUAAUGUCUUGUAAUUGUGAAGCUAUUUGUUUAUGAAGUAGCAUAAAGAAAC